GGAGAAAUCAUAAAAGUGAUGCCAUUAUCAACAAGUCUUCACUUGGAACUUUAAAAUGCCAUUUUGCUUACUGUGUAAUAACUGCAUAAUUUUAAGAGGUUAUAUCAUGGAAAAGAGCUAAAGGCUAAAACACAAAUUCUGAGAUGGUUAUUUCUAAAUUGCUUUACAAACAGGAUGUGUGCUGAACACAAUCUUAAAUUGUUUUGCUAAAAUCUGUUAAGUGUCACUAGCACACAACCAUUGUGGAUAGUCUGUCCAUUCCUUGUUACUUUCUUAGGGUGAAUGGUGUUAAUGUACAGUUUUGCUUGGGCAUAGAGGUGGGAAAAGAACAUGAAAUUUUAAUAGAUAAGCCUUAAUUCAAGUAAAUUCUCUUCCUGGAACUAUUAAGCAGAAAUCUAAAACUAAUAUUUUUUGUGUAAUAGCCAACAGUUUUUAUUGAGAAUUUAUUAUAUGAAAAUAUGAUCCAUUUGUCUUUAAUUGGCGGUUUCCCUUUUUUCUUUAUUGUAUUUACUUCCUCCUCUGUAAGCUGUCCAAGCCUGAAAUCUCAAUGACCUUUCAUUGCAUUAGUCAAUGAUAUGGUAUCAAAUUUAUUAAGGAAAAAUUUAUAUACACUGCUGUACAUUCAUUUAAGUGUGCAUUUCAACAAGUCUUAGUAGACAUAUACACGCCUAUGUGACUACCACCAUAAUCAAGAUUUGGAACAUGCUGCCACUCAAGCACAUAUUAUACUUUUACUUUCUCAGGAUGUUCUCCUGUUUCUGAGUGUCUAAAUUAUACCUAUCUUUCAAGACCUAGCUCAAAUGCUACCUUGUGAACCUUUUUUUGAUUACCUCAUUUUGAAUUUAUUUCCCCGUCUUCUGAUUUUCCUAUUCAUAUUGUUUUAAACAUUAUUCUCUGUGCUUUGUGGUGGCUAACCCAAUGGCGAACAUAUAGCAGGUACUUAUUUGUUGACCAAAUGGAUUAGUGUAAUAUUUUCUAAACUUCAGUCAUUGGGAUAUUAUAUUCAACAUUUUGGCCAUAUAUUCCUGUUUGACAUUCUGUUAUUAAUAUUUCUUUAUAUCAAUGUGUAAUGUUUUAAAGGAAACUUGAGAUAACUAUGAGUAGAAAGCAGGUGGCACUUGGCAUAAACAGAAGCUGGACAUAUACGUAAAAAUAAUGAAAACCAAAUGUUGUUAAUUUCUCUGCCAGAGGCUCUAAUUCUAAAACUUGCCCUUUGUUUAAAAGUAAGAUUGGGGCCGGGCGCUGUGGCUCAGCCUGUAAUCCCAGCACUUUGGGAGGCCGAGGCGGGUGGAUCACGAGGUCAAGAGAUCGAGACCAUCCUGGUCAACAUGGUGAAACCCCAUCUCUACUAAAAAUACAAAAAAUUAGCUGGGCAUAGUGGCGCAUGCCUGUAAUCCCAGCUGCUCAGGAGGCUGAGGCAGGAUAAUUGCCUGAACCCAGGAGGUGGAGGUUGCGGUGAGCCGAGAUCGCGCCAUUGCACUCCAGCCUGGGUAACAAGAGCAAAACUCUGUCUCAAAAAACAAAAAAAAAAGUAAGAUUGGGAAGAAUUUCAAUGGUGACAUCUUGCCAAUGGUUAACAUCUUGGCACUAAACUGGGACUUUGUUCUUGAUGCAGCCAGAGGAACUGAAAGAGAAUGAAGAGGGAAUAACCUUGUUUUUUGUUUUUUUUGAGAUGGAGCCUCGCUCUGUCACUCAGACUGGAGUGCAGUGACAUGAUCUUGGCUCACUGCACCCUCCGCCUCCCAGAUUUAAGCUAUUCUUCUGCCUUAGCUUCCCAAUUACUUGCAAUUAUAGGUACCUGACAUCACACCUGGCUAAUUUUUGUAUUUUUAGUAGAGGCGGCGGGGUUUCGCCAUGUUGGCCAGGCUGGUCUCAAACUCCUGACUUCAGGUGGUCUGCCUGCCUCUGCAUCCCAAAGGGCUGGAAUUACAAGCAUGAGCCACCACACCUGGCCCUUCAUUUGAUUCAUUGUCACCUCUGCCCUCAGAUCUGAUAAAAUCAUCUCACAUCUGUCCAUUUGGUGGCCCAAAUUUUUGUAGCUACCAAGUUAAUCAGUGCUUAAAAAUGACUUAGAAUUUUAUCUGUGCAAUAAUUGGGAAAUAAAGUCUUAAUUAAAUUAAAUUGAGAAGUGUGCUACAUUUACCUUAAAAAAUAUAGUUACUUUAGAAAAUACAGUACAACGAUAAUAUAAUCAUUCUUGAAUCAGAUAUGUCUCUUUUUUCAAAAAUGUUCUGAAUGUUACUGAUGUUACAUCUUAUUAGGGUACAUUACCCUUAAGAUAAAUAUUUAAAUCUAAAAUCUAAAUCUGAAAACAAGUGGGAACCUGUUAGAUGACAAAGUGAUGACUGUUGAUUCAGGAGUGAUGAAAUGUUAAUAUAAUUAACUAGGAAAGCUGCUGUAUGAGUAGAUGAGGUAUUAAAGUUAAUCUCCUAUUGCCUUUAGUUUUUUCUCUCGUCACUUAAGUUUUAUAUAGCUAUAUUUUCAUAUUUCCAUCCUGCUAAAGACAUUUCUAGACUUUUUCUUUCUGAGAUGACACAUUCUACUCUCUUAUGGAUGGAGUUUCAUAUGAACAGACUGGAAAAUAAAUUCCCCGCUCUUAGUUUGUAACAUACAUCUUUUUCUGUGUGUGUGGUUUUUUUUGUUUUUUGAGACGGAGUCUUGCUCCCAGGCUAGAGUACAGUGGUGCAAUCUUGGCUCCCUGCAACCUCCGCCUCCUGGGUUCAAGUGAUUCUUCUGCCUCAGCCUCCUGAGUAGCUGGGACCACAGGCGCGUGCCACCACGCCCGGCUAAUUUUUGUAUUUUUUUUUUUUUUGAGACGGAGUUUCGUUGGUGUUACCCAGGCUAGAGUGCAAUGGCAUGCAUGAUCUCGGCUCACCGCAACCUCCGCCUCCUGGGUUCAAGCAAUUCUCCUGCCUCAACCUCCUGAGUAGCUGGGAUUACAGGCACACGCCACCAUGCCCAGCUAAUUUUUGUAUUUUUAGUAGAGACGGGGUUUCACCAUGUUGACCAGAAUGGUCUUGAUCUCUUGACCUCGUGAUCCACCCGCCUCGGCCUCCCAAAGUGCUGGGAUUAUAGAUGUGAGCCACCACGCCCAACCUUAAUUUUGGUAUUUUUAAUAGAGACGGGGUUUCACUAUGUUGGCCAGGAUGGUCUAGAUCUCUUGACCUCGUGAUCCACCCACCUUGGCCUCCCAAAGUGCUGGGAUUACAGGUGUGAGCCACCGUGCCUGGCCUUGUAACAUACAUCUUGUAUGUAAAGUUGCUGUUGUUAAUUACAGGCAUAUAUCCAUAUUGUGAGCUUAAAGUUUGCUGUUACUUUAUGUUCAUGAACAAAGAGCUUGGUUAAAUAGACCCUUUCAUUUGGUAUUAACUGUUUUCCAAAAAAAAAAAUUAACCUGAGUUGUGAUAAGUUUAUCAGUACACAUAGUUUUUUGCUACUCAACCAGAGGUCAGAUUCCUGUUAAUAUAAAUUUCUGGGAUACAACCUCAAAAAUUGGAAGUAAAAAAAGCCAUCUUGGAUGCAUAACCAAACAAGUGGUUUCUUUCCUGCUUCUCUACAGUAAAAGGAGCAGUAUAGAAGCAGUACAGUUAAACAGUCAUCCUUUAGAAGUGACAGCUGACUGUAAUCUAAAAACCAUAAAAGCACUGCAGUCUUAGUCCUUUGAAUUAUACAGGGAUUACCACCCCUGGAGUUACAGUUCAAUUACAAUAAAGCAAGGUAAUGACUUUACAUGAGUUUGGAACUGGUCUCUAGUGGGACAUUGUGGGAGGAUGAACACAGAAGAGCUGGAGUUAUUGAGUGACUCCAAAUACAGAAACUAUGUAGCUGCAGUUGACAAAGCACUAAAGAAUUUUGAGUACUCCAGUGAAUGGGCAGAUUUGAUAUCAGCACUUGGAAAACUUAAUAAGGUUUUACAAAAUAAUGCAAAGUACCAGGUAGUACCCAAAAAGCUGACCAUAGGCAAACGCCUAGCUCAAUGUCUGCAUCCAGCAUUACCAGGUGGAGUUCAUCGGAAGGCACUUGAAACAUAUGAAAUUAUCUUCAAAAUAAUUGGACCUAAGCGACUUGCCAAAGACCUUUUUUUAUAUAGUUCUGGAUUAUUUCCUCUUCUUGCAAAUGCUGCCAUGUCUGUGAAACCAACAUUGCUCAGUUUGUAUGAAAUAUAUUAUCUGCCUUUGGGUAAAACACUGAAACCUGGUCUACAGGGAUUGCUUACUGGUAUUCUUCCUGGCUUAGAAGAAGGAUCAGAGUACUAUGAGAGAACAAAUACGUUGUUGGAAAAGGUUGCUGCUGCUGUGGACCAGUCAGCAUUCUACAGUGCCCUGUGGGGUAGUCUUCUCACCAGUCCUGCUGUGCGUUUACCUGGAAUCACAUAUGUUCUUGCCCAUUUAAACAGGAAGCUUUCUAUGGAAGAUCAACUUUAUAUCAUUGGCAGUGAUAUUGAGCUAAUGGUAGAAGCAGUAAGUACUUCGGUGCAGGACUCAAGUGUCCUUGUACAGAGAAGCACACUGGACCUCAUACUCUUCUGUUUUCCAUUCCACAUGAGUCAGGCCACUCGACCAGAUAUGAUUAGGAUCUUGUCAGCAGCCCUUCAUGUAGUACUAAGGAGGGAUAUGUCUCUGAACCGAAGACUUUAUGCGUGGCUUCUUGGUUUUGAUAACAAUGGUGCUAUCAUAGGACCCAGAAGCACAAGACACAGUAAUCCCGAAGAACAUGCCACUUACUAUUUCACUACAUUUUCAAAAGAAUUAUUGGUCCAGGCAAUGGUGGGAAUCUUACAAGUGAAUGGAUAUGGAGAAGAGAGUACUCUAAUGCAGGAUCUAAAGCCUUUUCGAAUUUUAAUCAGUUUACUGGACAAACCUGAGCUAGGACCUGUAAUUCUAGAAGAUGUCCUGAUUGAAGUGUUUAGAACAUUAUAUUCUCAAUGCAAAGCAGAGUUGGAUCUUCAAACAGAACCACCCUUCAGCAAGGAUCAUGCUCAGUUAAGCAGUAAAUUAAGAGAAAAUAAGAAAACAGCAGAGCUGAUUAAAACUGCCAACCUUCUCUUUAAUUCCUUCGAACCUUAUUAUAUGUGGGAUUAUGUUGCACGUUGGUUUGAAGAAUGUUGUAGGAGGACACUGCAUGCCAGACUUCAGAUUGGGCCUGGAGAUAGUAGUGACUCAUCUGAAUUACAGCUGACCAAUUUCUGCUUACUGGUGGAUUUUUUGUUGGACAUAGUUUCUUUGCCUACUAGAAGUAUGAGGGUGCUGUGUCAGGAGACUUAUAUUGAAAUCCAGACAGAACACUUGCCUCAGUUGCUACUCAGAAUGAUUUCUGCCUUGACGAGCCAUCUCCAGACAUUGCACUUAUCUGAACUCACAGAUUCACUCAGACUCUGCUCAAAGAUCCUUAGCAAGGUUCAGCCUCCACUGUUAUCUGCUAGCACUGGAGUUGUGUUACAGUUUCCAAGUGGACAGAACAAUUCAGUCAAAGAAUGGGAAGACAAAAAGGUAUCAUCAGUUUCUCAUGAAAAUCCUACUGAAGUGUUUGAAGAUGGAGAAAAUCCACCAAGUAGUCGAUCAUCAGAAAGUGGAUUCACUGAGUUUAUACAAUAUCAAGCAGACCGAACUGAUGACAUUGACAGAGAACUGAGUGAGGGUCAGGGACCAGCUACCAUCCCAAUUGGUAGCACAUCCUCUGAGACAGAAACAGCAUCCACUGUGGGAUCUGAAGAAACCAUCGUUCAGACCCCUUCUUUAGUCACUCAGGGAACAACAACCCGAAGUGGGAAGACAGCCCAAAAGACUGCAAUGCAGUGCUGCUUGGAAUAUGUCCAACAGUUUCUUACCAGACUUAUCAACCUCUACAUCAUUCAGAGUAACUCUUUUUCUCAGGUUUUGGCUACAGAGCAUCAAGGGGAUCUUGGUCGAGAACAAGGAGAGACUUCAAAAUGGGACAGAAAUUCACAAGGAGAUGUAAAAGAGAGAAACACAAGUAAACAAAAAACUUCUAAAGAAUACCUUUCUGCCUUCCUUGCUGCCUGUCAGCUCUUCCUAGAGUGCUCAAGUUUCCCAGUUUACAUUGCUGAGGGGAACCAUACGUCAGAGUUACAUUCUGAAAAAUUGGAGACUGACUGUGAGCAUGUGCAGCCUCCACAGUGGCUCCAGACUCUGAUGAAUGCUUGCAGCCAAGCAAGUGAUUUCAGUGUUCAGAGUGUUGCUAUUUCACUAGUCAUGGACCUGGUGGGACUGACAGAGUCUGUGGCCAUGGUCACUGGGGAAAACAUCAACAGUGUGGAGUCCGCACAACCCUUAAGUCCAAACCAGGGAAGAGUAGCUGUGGUUAUUAGACCUCCCCUCACUCAGGGCAAUCUGAGGUACAUAGCUGAGAAGACUGAAUUUUUCAAGCAUGUAGCUUCAACAUUGUGGGACCAGUUGGGAGAUGGAACACCUCAGCAUCACCAGAAGAGUGUGGAACUAUUUUAUCAAUUACAUAACUUAGUUCCUUCUUCUAGUAUCUGUGAGGAUGUUAUAAGUCACCAGUUAACCCAUAAAGAUAAGAAAAUAAGGAUGGAAGCACAUGCCAAGUUUGCAGUCCUUUGGCAUCUAACAAGAGAUCUCCAUAUAAAUAAAUCUUCAUCUUUUGCACGUUCUUUUGACAGGUCACUGUUCAUCAUGUUAGAUAGCCUUAACAGUCUUGAUGGUUCUACUAGCUCUGUGGGACAAGCCUGGCUGAACCAAGUCCUACAAAGACAUGAUAUUGCACGAGUUUUGGAACCAUUGCUAUUGCUCCUACUUCAUCCAAAAACUCAGAGAGUUUCAGUACAGCGCGUACAAGCAGAACGUUACUGGAAUAAGGCUCCCUGUUAUCCAGGAGAGGAGAGUGACAAGCAUUUCAUGCAAAAUUUUGCCUGCAGCAAUGCAAGCCAAGUACAACUCAUCACAUUAAAAGGAAAUGGAGAAAAGCCACUUACCAUGGAUGAAAUAGAGAACUUUAGUCUCACGGUUAAUCCAUUGAGCGACAGACUUUCCCUCCUAAGUACUAGCAGUGAGACAAUUCCAAUGGUUGUGUCUGAUUUUGAUCUUCCGGACCAACAGAUAGAAAUACUUCAAAGUUCUGACUCAGGAUGUUCACAGUCCUCUGCAGGGGACAACUUGAGUUAUGAAGUUGAUUCUGAAACUGUGAAUGCCCAAGAGGAUUCUCAGAUGCCAAAGGAAGGCUCCCCAGAUGAUGAUGUUCAGCAGGUAGUGUUUGACCUGAUAUGUAAAGUUGUAAGUGACCUCGAAGUGGAAUCUGCAUCAGUUACAUCUCAAUUAGAAAUUGAAGCUAUGCCCCCAAAGUGCACUGGUACAGAUCCAGGUGAAGAGAUGAUUAAAAUUGAAGAUGACUCCAAUCAACAGAGUCAGAAUGCUUUGCUAAGUAAUGAAAGUUCUCAGUUUCUAUCUGUGUCUGCAGAGGGAGGCCAUGAGUGUGUGGCAAAUGGAAUCUCCAGGAAUAGCUCCUCACCUUGUAUUUCCGGAACCACACACACUCUUCAUGAUGGUUCUGUUGCUUCCAUAGAAACCAAAUCUAGACAGAGGAGUCACAGUAGUAUUCAAUUUAGCUUCAAAGAAAAAUUAUCAGAAAAAGUUUCAGAGAAGGAAACAAUAGUUAAGGAGUCAGGUAAACAACCAGGAGCAAAACCUAAAGUAAAACUUGCCAGAAAAAAGGAUGAUGACAAGAAAAAAUCUUCAAAUGAAAAACUCAAACCAACCAGUGUAUUCUUUAGUGAUGGUCUGGAUUUAGAGAACUGGUAUAGCUGUGGAGAGGGAGACAUUUCUGAAAUUGAGAGUGACAUGGGUUCUCCAGGAUCUCGGAAAUCUCCCAUUUUCAACAUUCAUCCUCUCUAUCAACAUGUGCUCCUGUACCUCCAGUUGUAUGAUUCAUCGAGGACUUUGUAUGCUUUCUCUGCCAUCAAAGCCAUCUUGAAAACUAACCCUAUAGCUUUUGUAAAUGCCAUUUCAACUACUAGUGUAAAUAACGCAUAUACUCCUCAGUUGUCUCUCCUUCAGAAUCUAUUGGCUAGACACCGGAUUUCUGUUAUGGGCAAAGAUUUUUAUAGUCACAUUCCAGUAGACUCAAAUCAUAACUUCCGGAGUUCUAUGUACAUAGAAAUUCUUAUUUCCCUCUGCUUAUAUUACAUGCGUAGCCAUUACCCAACUCAUGUCAAGGUUACUCCACAAGAUUUAAUAGGCAAUCGAAACAUGCAGAUGAUGAGCAUAGAAAUUCUGACACUACUCUUUACUGAGCUGGCAAAAGUAAUAGAAAGCUCAGCGAAGGGUUUCCCUAGUUUUAUUUCUGACAUGUUAUCUAAGUGCAAAGUUCAGAAAGUGAUUCUUCAUUGUUUGCUGUCAUCUAUCUUUAGCGCUCAGAAAUGGCAUAGUGAAAAAAUGGCAGGUAAGAACAUGAUUGCUGUGGAAGAAGGUUUCUCAGAGGACAGCCUUAUUAAUUUCUCAGAGGAUGAAUUCGACAAUGGCAGCACAUUACAGUCACAACUUCUUAAGGUGCUUCAGAGACUGAUUGUUCUAGAACACAGAGUAAUGACUAUUCCUGAAGAGAAUGAAACAGGUUUUGAUUUUGUUGUAUCUGACUUGGAUCACAUUAGUCCCCAUCAGCCCAUGACUUCUCUUCAGUAUUUGCAUGCUCAGCCAAUCACGUGUCAAGGCAUGUUCCUUUGUGCGGUAAUACGAGCUUUGCAUCAACACUGUGCGUGUAAGAUGCACCCACAAUGGAUUGGUUUAAUCACAUCUACUCUGCCUUACAUGGGAAAAGUUCUACAGAGAGUGGUGGUUUCUGUGACACUACAACUGUGCAGAAAUUUAGAUAAUCUAAUUCAGCAGUACAAAUACGAAACAGGAUUAUCUGAUAGUAGGCCUCUGUGGAUGGCAUCAAUUAUUCCACCAGAUAUGAUUCUUACUCUUUUGGAAGGGAUUACAGCCAUUAUUCAUUACUGUUUGUUGGAUCCAACUACACAGUAUCACCAACUUUUGGUCAAUGUAGACCAGAAACACUUGUUUGAAGCACGCAGUGGAAUCCUCUCAAUCCUUCAUAUGAUCAUGUCCUCUGUGACAUUGCUUUGGAGCAUACUGCAUCAAGCUGAUUCUUCAGAAAAGAUGACUAUUGCUGCAUCUGCAUCUGUUACCACUAUUAAUCUUGGAGCUACAAAGAACUUGAGACAACAAAUUCUUGAAUUGUUGGGCCCCAUUUCAAUGAAUCAUGGUGUUCACUUUAUGGCUGCCAUUGCAUUUGUGUGGAAUGAAAGAAGACAGAAUAAAACAACCACCAGGACAAAGGUCAUUCCUGCAGCCAGUGAAGAACAGCUUUUAUUAGUGGAACUGGUUCGUUCAAUCAGUGUCAUGAGAGCAGAAACUGUUAUCCAGACUGUAAAAGAAGUUUUAAAGCAGCCACCAGCCAUAGCCAAGGACAAGAAACAUCUUUCUUUGGAAGUCUGCAUGCUUCAGUUUUUCUAUGCUUAUAUUCAAAGGAUCCCAGUGCCCAAUUUAGUGGAUAGCUGGGCAUCACUGUUGAUACUUCUGAAAGACUCUAUACAACUGAGUCUUCCAGCUCCAGGGCAGUUUCUUAUACUUGGGGUUCUGAAUGAGUUUAUUAUGAAAAACCCUAGUCUGGAAAAUAAAAAAGACCAAAGAGACCUUCAGGAUGUAACUCACAAAAUAGUAGAUGCAAUUGGUGCAAUUGCUGGUUCUUCUCUGGAACAGACAACAUGGCUGCGACGAAAUCUUGAAGUUAAGCCUUCUCCCAAAAUAAUGGUGGAUGGAACCAAUUUGGAAUCUGAUGUUGAAGAUAUGUUAUCACCUGCAAUGGAAACUGCAAACAUAACUCCUUCUGUAUAUAGCGUCCAUGCGUUGACAUUACUCUCUGAGGUUUUGGCUCAUCUUUUGGAUAUGGUUUUCUAUAGUGAUGAAAAGGAGCGGGUUAUUCCUUUACUUGUAAAUAUUAUGCAUUAUGUUGUGCCCUACCUCAGAAAUCACAGCGCACAUAAUGCCCCUAGUUAUCGAGCUUGUGUCCAGCUGCUCAGCAGUCUUAGCGGGUAUCAGUAUACACGAAGAGCUUGGAAAAAAGAAGCUUUUGACCUCUUUAUGGAUCCCAGUUUCUUUCAAAUGGAUGCCUCUUGUGUUAAUCAUUGGAGAGCAAUUAUGGACAAUCUGAUGACACAUGAUAAAACAACAUUUAGAGAUUUGAUGACUCGUGUAGCAGUGGCUCAAAGCAGUUCACUUAAUCUCUUUGCAAACCGUGAUGUGGAGCUAGAACAGAGAGCCAUGCUUCUUAAAAGAUUAGCAUUUGCUAUUUUUAGCAGUGAAAUUGACCAGUACCAGAAAUAUCUUCCAGAUAUACAAGAGAGAUUGGUUGAGAGUCUCCGUUUGCCUCAGGUGCCAACUCUUCAUUCUCAAGUGUUCCUGUUUUUUAGAGUGUUACUUUUAAGAAUGUCGCCCCAGCAUCUUACCUCACUCUGGCCUACGAUGAUUACAGAACUUGUACAGGUAUUUCUACUGAUGGAGCAGGAACUCACUGCUGAUGAAGAUAUUUCACGGACUUCAGGCCCCUCUGUAGCUGGUCUGGAGACAACAUAUACAGGAGGUAAUGGCUUCUCUACUUCAUAUAACAGCCAGCGGUGGUUAAACCUCUAUCUGUCUGCUUGCAAAUUUUUGGAUUUGGCUCUCGCAUUGCCCUCUGAAAACCUUCCUCAGUUUCAGAUGUACCGAUGGGCCUUUAUUCCAGAAGCCUCAGAUGAUUCAGGUUUGGAAGUCAGAAGGCAGGGUAUGCAUCAACGAGAAUUUAAACCUUACGUGGUACGACUAGCAAAACUUCUUCGGAAAAGGGCAAAGGACAAGGAGGAGGACUUUAAGACAGUGGUUUUGGAGGGAUUGGAGAUGGCCAAGAAUCAGAAAAAUCCAGAAGAAGACAACUCAGGGAGGACGUUGGGUUGGGAGCCAGGGCACUUGCUGCUCACCAUCUGCACCGUGCGCAGCAUGGAGCAGCUUCUGCCAUUCUUCAAUGUGCUCAGUCAAGUCUUCAACAGCAAAGUCACAAGCCGAUGUGGAGAACACUCAGGAAGUCCCAUCCUCUACUCAAAUGCCUUCCCUAAUAAAGACAUGAAACUGGAGAACCACAAACCAUGUUCCAGCAAAGCCAGGCAAAAAAUAGAAGAGAUGGUAGAAAAAGAUUUUCUGGAAGGGAUGAUAAAAACUUGAGCACCACUGGUGGUUCCAUUUAGCUUACAUGUAAAUGUAAUUAUUUAAAACAAACACACUGCUCUGAGUUGUAUAGUUUUUCUUUUUCUUUUUUGUAUGUAACAAAACACAUUUCAGGUUGUAUUUAAGUUAAAUAUUUGUAAAUAAGAGCAAAUGUCUGAGCGUGGCCUGAAUCAAGUUUAAAUAUUGUUGGCUCAUAUUGAUUAUGGUGCCUAAGAGAGCUAUAUAUACAUGUAAAGUCCAUUGUUUUUAUUGUCCUGAGUUGUCUUAAACCUGCAAAAUAUACACCACACAUUUUUUCCA